GGCGGAAACAGACAAAAAGAGUGGAUUUCAACAACAUAUUCGAGCUUCAGCCGGCCAGACUAAUCCAAAUUCCUCUUUACCAACGGAUAUGGAACAAGAUAAAGAUGGAGAUAAAGCUAACUUGACCGAUGGUGGCGAUUCAAUUCCAGGAAUUGGAGAUCAUUAUUUGGUUCGGAGGUCAGAUAAUUCAUGGCAUGCAGCAGAAAUCAUUCAGAUCAGAAGUACUGAGGCAGGAAAACCUGAAUUCUAUGUUCACUAUGAAGGAUUUAAUCGUCGUCUGGAUGAAUGGGUAGAACAGGACAGAUUUGAUCUACCCAAUAAACUUGAAGACCCACAGAAAGCAAUGAAGGACUUGUCCAUAACACUGACAGAUUUAAGUGACGGAACAGAUAGGAAAAUUACACGAAACCAGAAGAGAAAACAUGAUGAAAUCAACCAUGUUCAAAAGACCUAUGCUGAAAUGGAUCCCACAACAGCUGCCUUGGAAAAGGAGCAUGAAGCAAUAACAAAAGUGAAGUACAUUGACAAGGUACAGAUUGGCAGGUAUGAGAUAGAUGCCUGGUAUUUCUCGCCUUACCCAGAGGAAUAUGGGAAGCAGUCUAAACUGUGGAUCUGUGAAUACUGUCUGAAGUAUAUGAGGCUGGAGAAGUCAUAUCGCUAUCAUCAGAGUCAGUGUUUUUGGCGCCACCCACCUGGCAAGGAGAUAUACAGAAAAGGAACAAUAUCAGUAUUUGAAGUGGAUGGUAAAGAUGCAAAGAUAUACUGUCAGAACUUGUGUCUACUGGCCAAACUGUUUCUGGACCACAAAACCUUGUAUUUCGAUGUGGAGCCCUUCCUGUUCUACAUCCUCACAGAAGUAGACAGACAAGGGUGCCACCUGGUUGGCUACUUCUCCAAGGAAAAGGAAUCUCCAGAUGGGAAUAAUGUGGCUUGUAUCCUCACCUUACCACCAUUCCAGAGGAAGGGCUAUGGAAAGUUUCUUAUUGCCUUCAGUUAUGAGUUGUCAAAGCUGGAGUCUACAGUAGGCUCACCAGAAAAGCCCUUGUCAGAUCUGGGAAAACUCAGCUACAGGAGCUACUGGUCCUGGGUGCUGCUGGAAAUAUUACGAGACUUUCGUGGAACUUUGUCAAUCAAGGAUCUCAGCCAGAUGACCAGCAUUACCCAGAACGACAUCAUCAGCACCCUGCAGUCUCUGAACAUGGUCAAGUACUGGAAGGGUCAGCAUGUGGUGUGUGUCACCCCCAAACUGGUGGAGGAGCACAUCAAGAGUGCCCAGUACAAGAGACCUGUCCUCACAGUGGAUACCUCCUGUCUACGGUGGGAGCCGCCCAGGAAAAUCCACAUCACCAAAGCGGCCAAAAAGUGAUGCGUUUAUAUGACAGAUGUAUGUUCCCAUGUGUCCAGAAUGUUACAAAAUGCAUGUUUGAGAUCAGAUGAGAAAUGCACCUUUGGUGAGGUUGCCUUCAAAAGUAAUAAGAAUUGUCAUACAUGUGUUACCAUCACAGUGAAAACCAAUCUUGCCUGCGUUUCGUCCUAUGGCUUUGAACAAGUUUUCAAAAGCUCAGUCAAGCGGAGUUAUUUCCCUUGGUUUGUGCUCUCGUGACAGCCCGACCUUCUUGUCCAUGUAGAAACAGGUCAGAGACAGAAAAACAUUCUGGCAGGGAAUUUGGGUUUACAGGUGCAUAAUUAUAUUCUCGUAUGAAAGUGAAAAGGAAGGGACAAAGCUGUAAAAGGUACACAGGGCUUAGUCUUCAAUUCAGAAGUUAAGUCAUUGUACAUCAUGUCAUAUUUCUCACCCCUGAAUGCAGCUAUGAAGAUGAGGUUUUCACUGAAAUUUGACUCAAAUUUGAAAUUUGAGCUUUCCAUCACGAGUACGCAUUAAUCUUUAGCUGCUGUUUUCUGAGUGCUGUACUUAAACACAUUUUUUUGUUCAGUUCCAAACAUUGUCCGAACCCUGUAUGUACAGCUGCAUUCCUUAUUACUUAAAAUAUGACUGUGAGGCUAGAUGCCUCUGAGGUCUCGCUGAAUCCAGUGAUGAUGCUAACAGACAUUUCACUCAAAAUUCGGAAAAUUUGGCAGUUAUAAAGACUAGGUUGAUGUUUUGGUUAGUCAAUAAGUUUCUGCUCAGAUGUUCUCCCUCAACAAAUUGACAUCACUCUUCUCUUUGCACAUGACAGCAACUUAAAAUCUCCUGGGGAAUUUCAUUCACAUAUCAAUAAAAAAAACAGUUCUCUUUUUAUCUGUAUUCUUAGAUAAUUCCAACUAAAUGCUAGUAGAGACAAUCACACUGUGUUCCAUAUACUGGUAGGUGGCUAGGUGUUCAUACAAAGGGAAAGCAGAUGAUAAGGCAAACUUACUGUUGUUUUCAAUGCUUGGAGAUUUUUACUCCUGGGAUUUUCUCCCCCAUGUAAGUUUAUCAGGAUUACUAUAUUGAGUCAUAGUAUGGGAUUAACAGAAGUCUUCAUGCUUGUCAUGUUUGUAUGAUUUUAUCAUGAAUAAAGUGUUGCCAUUACAGCUCCACUUGCUUUGGUUUCUUGAUUCAGUAAUGUAUGCUCUGCAAGAUGUUCUAGGAUACUUGUAUAUGUUCUAAGAGAGUCCAUCAUUUUGGUGUUUGUUGCAAUAGUUACAUAUAGAUUGUUUCUACAGUCUCUGGGGCAACACUACUGUUGCAUACAUGUAAAUCAUCACCUUGUUGAAAUAAGGUCGCA